UAUUGAAAUUUUGGCUUGUGUUUGAUGCGAAUUCGACUCACUAAUGAGCUCACAAGCUUUAUUGAAACUCGACUCAUCAAUUAGCUCACAAGCUCAACUGAUCUUAUUUUAUCCAGGGUUUACUAAUAGGUUCGAUUUUUAUGGCAGCUGGCGACUAACCACAUUACGCUUGGUGACGACCUCGGAUUCUUUUUCAACCAAUCUCACUCAUUGUCAACCAAGAAAAUGUAAAUUUCUAAAAUUACGCUUCCCUUAAAAUUAUUUCUCUUUUGAGAGAAUUUUCAAUUUCUACUUACUACUGUCAUAUGCCCCGCUCCUCUUCAACUCGAGUAAAAGUAGGUCUACAUUUAAUAUCAUUGGAUGCAUGUCAUCACAAGUAAACAAACAUUGUGACAUGAGACACCAUUGAGAAAUCAUAUGACCGAUCAAAAUUUCUCAAAGGAUUACUGUUCCGCUACUUAGAGAGUUUCCAUUACAUGUGCCAGGUCGAUGGAAAAUUUUUCAAGUUUGGCUGAAAUUUAGGUAUCAAGAAUGUGAUAACUUACAAACUUGAAUCAUCUCAAUUAUUUAAGAAGUGAUCCUUCAUAUACAAAUCAACAAGCUUGAAGAUUGGCCACAAUAAUUGACCACAAAGAUCACUUGCUCAAUCUUCAAAAGUACAAUUCUCUACACUUAUGGUUUUGUGGGUUCUUCUUCCCCACCAACUUGCCGGCUAACCAAGCCAUCAGCCAGCCCCCACUUGGUGACUGGAACCGAGCAGAGAAGACCUAUCCAUCCAUGGAAAAAAGGGAUCAAAAUGAUGCUUUCUUUCACUCUUACAUCCUCAUUUCACUCUUUUUCACUAUAAAUAUGCCAAUAUUUACUUCUCUCAAUCAAUCCAUCUUAACACACUUUCUUUUGCUUCUUCCUUUUCCUUUCUCUCAGGUGAAGAAACAACUGAUGGGCAGAGUAUUUGCAGACCCACUAUUGGUUGGCAGAGUGAUAGGAGAUGUGAUAGAUAGCUUCAACCCAAGUGUGAAGAUGAAGGUCACUUACAACUCCACAAAGCUGCAGGUCUUCAAUGGCCAUGAGCUCUUCCCUUCUGCUGUCACUCUUAAACCCAAAGUUGAAGUCCUUGGUGGUGACCUCAGAUCCUUUUUCACCCUGGUGAUGACAGACCCAGAUGUCCCUGGGCCAAGUGACCCUUACCUGAGAGAACACUUGCACUGGGUAGUCACUGAUAUCCCAGGCACUACAGAUGCAACAUUUGCAGGGAGGGAAGUGGUGAGCUAUGAGAUACCAAGGCCAAACAUAGGGAUCCACAGGUAUGUGUUCCUGCUGUUCAAGCAGAAGAGAAGAGGCCAAACCCCAUUACUUGUUCUGAAUUCGUCAUCGUCGUCGUCGUCAACAAUAAGGGACAACUUCAAGAGCAGGAAGUUUGCAGCAGACAAUGAGCUUGGCCUCCCAGUUGCUGCACUUUUCUUCAAUGCACAGAGGGAAACUGCUGCCAGGAGGAGGCACUAAAACUAAUGUACCCUUAAUUAUAAGACAACCCUACCCUACAAAAUAAUUGUACGUACAUUAUAAGGUACUAGCAUGUAAUAAUUAUAGCUAGCAAAGCUUGGAUGCGGGAAGGAUAAGGAUGGGAACAACAAGUUGGCUCGGAUGAUGGUAGGGAAGCAGCAACAGUUCUGCAAUCUGCAGAAGUAGUCAUUCAAAAUCACAGGCUGGAUGGAUUAAUCUGAUAUUUGUUGUUGUUGGUUUAUGUGUACGGUGAGCUGCUAUAGCUAUAUUUUUUACUGGAAAUAUGAAGGGCUAGAGGUUCGGUUAUCGGUAAUCGGCUAACCGAAAAACAAUCCGCGGUCGGUGUUUGGUAGGGGAUUAGAUGUGACGAUUAACCGGCUAACCGACCCAUAUAACCCCCUCAUUUUCGCCAAAACGACGCCGUCCCCACUCCUAACCCUAAUCGACCCAUUCACUAUUAUCAACGCUCUUAAACUUUUGGGGAUCUUCAAGCUAGUUGGGGAAUUUGAUUUGCUUUGAGAAAUGGUUUGCAGAUGCUGAAGAAGAAGUAAUGAGGAACUGAGCCGCCGGCCUCGUCGCGGUGUAGCUGUCCCUCUGAAGCCUCUGUCAGGAAUGGUCAUAGCUUUAUCAAGCCGUCUUUCCAGGACCCAUGUACGCCUCGGAAGAAAGUUAUCAACUUUAU